AUGUUUAUUAAAGUGAAUUUAAAUUUUAAUAUUGAUAAUAAUGGUGAAUUUAUUAAUAAUGAUGUAUUGUUUAAAAAGGUUUGGGGUAAUAAAUAUAUUAGAAAUAUUAUUUUGGGAUUUUUUAAAGAGCAAACAACAAAAGAAAAUAUUUCACAAUUUAUUGUUUGUAAAUACAUUGAUUUACCUAUCCAGCCAAAUUUUGAAAAUAUAAAAUUAAAAAUUUGCCAUUUAAAUACAAGCGAUAUUAUCAUCGCAGAAUCUAUAAAGAGACUAGUUUUAGAUACCAAUGCCACCCUUAGUUUUCGUAAUUUAAUUAUACCACAAUCACUCACCUAUUUAAAUUUUGGGCAAGCAUAUAGAAAAUUUGUUGAUGUACCACUAAAACAUACCAAUAUAAAGACAUUGGUUUUUAGUGACGCUUUUAAUCAAGAACUAAAUGAAAAUCUAGUACCUUCAAAUCUUACAUCUCUAAUAUUUGGUGAUAAAUUUAAUAUGGUUAUACCAAGUUCGGUUUUGCCGUCAUCUUUAAAACUCCUCAUAUUUGGUAAAUAUUUUAAUAAACCCAUAAUACCACAUUCACUUCCAGACUCUUUAAAAACACUCCAAUUUGGUGAUUGUUAUAACAAAAUGUUUCUUCCUGGAUCCUUGCCCUCAUCAAUUACAGAUCUUACUCUAGGUAAAAAUUUCAAACUCCCUUUAUACUAUCAAGAGAAUAAUGGUAUAAUUCAUGCAAACCUCAAUCUCUUACCCCCGCUCCUCAAGUACAUUACUGUUGGUAAAUCUUGCCGACUAAAGGACAUUUUAUCAAACUAUACAAACCAUAUAUCAUUAUUAAAAUUAAAUAUAACUAGGCCUAUUCGUUGUGACACCCUAACAUCUUUAAAUGUAUCAGAAAUAAUAUUUGGUCCUGGCUUUGAUAAAGAAAUCCUUCCAAACACACUACCCAAUACCCUCACAUCUAUAACUUUUAGUCCUGGCUUUGAUAAACAAAUCCUUCCAAACACACUACCCAAUACCCUCACAUCUAUAACUUUUGGUCCUGGCUUUGAUAAAGAAAUCCUUCCAAACACACUACCCAAUACCCUCACAUCUAUAACUUUUGGUACAAUGUAUAUUAAAUUUGAUAAAGAAAAUGCUAUUCCAAACUCAGUCACAACUUUAAUAUUCAAACCAACACUGGAGGAAUUCCCUUAUUAUCACAUUUAUAUGCAAGCAACACCUUCUGAAGAUUUCAUAAUAUAUGAAUACAAAUUACCAUCAAUUACAAGUAUCACACUACCCAAAUAUUUUCAAUCUUAUAUUCGAUUUGGAAGAAACAAGUUUUUAAAAGAUACGGGAAAUAAUUGGAUUUUAAAUGCCACAGUCGUUGAUGGUAUUGUUUAUUCGACAUAUAAAAAAAAACAAUAA